AUCACAAUUGAAUGCAAAAGAAAAUUGAGGUUUUGUUGUAUAGUUGAGGCUUUCUAUCUUUUUGGGUGUCUUUUUUUGAAACAAAAUCCUCCCUGUAUUGAGGGGUACAAAACAUUUAUGCAUGGAAUGGAGGGAAAUAAUGGUGACAGUAGUAUUAUAGCACCGUUUGUGAUGAAAACGUAUCAGAUGGUGAGUGAUCCCACUACGAAUGGGCUCAUCGCAUGGGGAAGGGAACACAAUAGUUUUAUUGUUCUUGAGCCUUUGGAUUUCUCGCACAGGAUUUUGCCGGUUUACUUUAAGCAUAACAAUUUCUCCAGCUUCGUGCGUCAGCUCAAUACCUAUGGUUUCAAAAAGGUUGAUCCAGACAGGUGGGAGUUUGCAAAUGAAUGGUUUUUACGCGGGCAAACGCAGUUAUUGCACAACAUUGUGAGGAGGAAGAACACAAGUAGAGCCUAUACUUCACUCAUGAAACACGAAGACGAUGAAGAGGAGGAGCUUUUAGUGGAGAUUGCAAAGCUAAAGCAAGAACAGAAGAGUUUAGAACAAGAGCUUGAGAGCAUGAACCGGAGGCUGGAAUCAACAGAGAGGAGACCCCAACAAAUGAUGACUUUCUUGUACAAAGUUGUCCAAGACCCCCAAAUUCUGCCCCGAAUGAUGCUCGAGAAAGAGAAGAUGAGAAGGCUAACAUCUGAUAACAUCGAGAAGAAGCGAAGGAUUAUGAUAUCCGCAGCUUCAUCAAGUUCCUCUUCAGGAAUGGCUAUGUCGAGUUCAUCAGCCAAGAGCGAAGAUGAUCAAGACUGCAAUACUAUCGGGGAAACAACACCGAGUUCAUCACCCGAAGGGAACUUGGAUGCCGAUACUUAUUACCAAUCUUCACCGUCUCUUGAGCUUUCAUCGUCCCCUGAGAUGUUUAGUCAUAGACAAGGUAUAGGUAUGCCUGUGAUGAGGCAAGAUUUUCAAAAUUAUGCAACUCUUUCUAGUUCAUCAAUGCUUAGCCCCUCCGGCGAAAACAGUGGUUUUGCUGCCGCACUACCGCCAGUAGAUAGCAUAGCAGGGUAUAAUAGUGGCGGCGGAGGUAGUGCAAACUACUUUGAAGGGCUAAUGGCUGGGGAGAAUGCUAGCCCACCACCACCCUAUCCAUUCUCACUUCUUGGAGGUGGAUAGCAUCACAUUAUUUGUAGGGAUUUAGUCCUUUUUAUUAGUAAUAAUUUAGAAUGUAUUAGUACCUUGUUUGCACUUCUUUUAUGCUUGUAAAUUUUUUUUCUAAACAGUAGUGUAAUUUCAGGUUGGUUAGAUGUUACAUUAAUAGCAUUCUAUUAUCAAGUUAUGA